AGGCCUCUAUAACUCCAUWGGAAAAAAGUCAUAAGACCCCGUUAAUCAUUAARGUUUUCAUUUUGUGUUUAACAAUAAUUUAAGCAUAUUUUAUAAUUUAAAAACUAAUCAAAAUGAGUGGAGCAGUAAAGAAAGUCAGCUUGGUUAGCUCAAUCAUUGCCACAGUCAAACCCAACUUACAAACUUUUGUGAAAUACGCUAAAGUAGAGUUAACUCCUCCCAAAUUAUCUGAYUUGCCUGAAAUAAAGAAUGAGAUUUCUAAAAUGAUACAAACAGCUAGAACUGGACGUUGGAAGAAUAUUACCGUUAAGGUUAGUUUAUGAGACACAUAUCU